AUGGCGAAAAAUAAGGAGAAAUCAAAUCAGGACGCAGGGAGAGAAUGGAAACGCGAACGGUCCGAGCCGCUCCUCGCCGUGCCUGAGGAUGAAAGAGAGCACCCGCAUUCUCUUCCGAGACUAAGUCUGGUACCGCCCUGUAGCAACAGCUCCAGUGUAAGCCAUAUAACCCCGCCGCUGAGGCCUCGACGGCAGUCGCUAUCACAUGGCGACGAAUCAAUGACAGUGGUGCUGUCAGCGUUUUACGCGAAAUUAUUAAUAGUUUUAGGGGUAGCAUUGCCAAUAACGAGUACUAUACAAAAUGGGCUUUCGGCUAUCAUCACAUCUGACAUUUUCACCAUGUACUUGUACGUCGUGAGUGUGCUUUUCCUGGCUUACACGUUCUACCACCUUCGAUUAGCGAAAAAAGACAAUGAAGAAAACGUGAAACGCAUUCGCUACGGCAGCUUCUACCUUCACAUGGGAGUGGCGGGCUUCAGCGUAGGAUCCAUCAUCUACUCUUGCUUACAGUUUGCCGAAUAUUUUGAUUUGUCUGGCGACUGUCAAUUGGCUAUCGUAGCUGUGAAGCCUGCUCUACGUAUUGUGUUCAUGGUUGUUCAGACUGUUUUUAUAUUCUCAUAUACUGAUAUUUUAGAUCCAAUGAGAGGGGUAGUACUCGACAGAUUCGGCCUAAUGCAUCUAAUAGCCACCAACGUAUGCGAGUGGUUAUACGUAGUCAUUGCAGAAACAAGAGACGACAUCAGUGCCGUUGCUUACGGUCGUCCAACACUAAUUAAAUACGCAAACAUCAGUGGACAACAUUCUAAACUAAUCAUCGAUGAGUUGGACAACUCUACCAUAUUUGAAGAAUACGAUUACAUAGACAACUUUACAGAUUUCACAAAUAUCACAGUAAAGAAUGAGAGCUGGCAAUGUAACCUCAGUGAUAUGAUCAGACCACUAAUUAGAGCAGUCAAUCCUUAUUUGAGACCUUGUGGAGUGGAAUACAGUCUACUAUGUUCUGUAAUCAUCGCUGUGAUAUGGAAUGAUAUUUGCACAGUACCGGGAACGAAACCAAUAAAUUCGAUACUAAACAAAGAGAGGCCCUGUUGUGGUCAGCCUAAGUCUAACAACCAUUUUUCCGUGGACUGCGGGAACGCUCACAAGGGACUAUUUAUGGGGGUCGCUGUGCUGGCCGGUACCAUAGUCAGCCUGAUGCUGUUCAACGGGCUAUUUCAUAAUAAGAAACAUGUAGAGAUUGCUAUGUUAGAGAUCAAUGUGUGGGAAACGAUACUAUUUAUCUUAAUGACUCUGGGAUCCGGAGUAUGCAUCCAGCAAAUGCGUGCACUAGCCGUGCGUCGGACAGUGUCCAGUCUGCCUUUGGAACAUGCAUUGCUAUUGGUCACACAAUGCGGAGUCUACCUUUAUUAUCUUUUUCAAAUCAUCGGUGCGGGAUUUGCUAUACAGUCGUUUCCGGAAGCAAGAAGAACUACGAGUUUAUUUCUUUGCAGGAUAAUAUCUCCGCUAUGCGCUUUGAUCCAGAGUUCGUGCCAGACAUUGCUAGUCCUGGACGCGUGGUCGCGGCGGUGCACCGGCAACAGUCGCCGCCGGCCUGGAAGACAGCUCGUAACCUUCCUCUUGGUCGGUAACUUCGCAUUGUGGCUGCUUAACAGGGUGAAAAACGCCCGAGCUGAGUUUCAUCCUAUGCAGAUGCAAUUCUACGGAGUGUGGGCUUGGGUUCUAAUCACUCACGUCUCUGUGCCGCUACUCGUCUGCUACCGGUUUCAAGCCACAGUCUGUUUUUACGAAAUAUGGAAAAAUUGCUAUAAGAAAAAUAAAGAUAAAGACAACACAGAUAAAUAUUACAAAUUACAGUGUGAGAUCGAGAUACUUUCGGACUCUGCAGACGACCAGCUCGCGGAACGCGAAGAAUUCGAAUGUCAGUAUGCGCCAGUGGCGGCGGCACGCAGUCUGCUCGGUGCGCAGCCGGCACAGCACCGCGAGCGCCUGGAUAGUUCCGUAUCGAGUUUCGAGGAUGCACAGAUAACGCUCGUGAAGGUGGUAGACGGCAAGGGCACCGUGCACUCUGCUCGAAUGCUGCUCGACAACGGCAGCACGAAUAAUUUAAUUACGCAAUCGCUCUGCGGUAAGCUGUGUUUGUCACGGCGUAGUGCGUGCUCCACGGUAAAAAUCAACCUAAGUUCUGGGUACGUCGCCCGUCUUAAGUCACCGUCUUCGUCCCCCAUUUGCCAUUUUGCAAAUGAGGAACCUUAUUCAGACUUAUCACGUUUCUGGGAACUAGACACUAUCGCAGCUAAGCACUCCUUAUAUCCAGAAGAGCGUGCCUGUGAGCAGAGCAACUUAUUAAACACCACGCGUAAUGACGACGGCGCCUUUAUAGUCACUAUGCCGCUGAAGAAGAAUCCUUCAGUCUUAGGCGAUUCAUUUCAAAUGGCAAGGAACCGUUUUUUAUCAUUGGAGCUCAUCAGUCAAAUUUUCGACCCACUGGGCCUCGUGGGACCAUGUGUUGUCGAAGCCAAAAUGAUAAUGCAGAGGUUGUGGAUCGAACAAUGUUCAUGGGAUGAAGAGACGCAUCAGAGCGAGCGUAUGGGGCUUGCCUCUCCUUACAUUCACUCCGUAGAUACCUUAGGUUCAGUCAAGGUGCACUUCUUGACCUCGAAAAGCCAACAACAAUACCUCGUCUCGAACUACUCGGGGCUCUUCUGGCUGCAAGGCUGGUGGUUAUCUACAUCACCUACUAAUCUUACAAGUUUUGUUCGCAACCGUCUGCAUGAAAUACAGGAGAGCACGGAAAGUUAUACGUGGAGUUACGUACCGUCGAAGGACAAUCCGGCGGAUCUUGUUUCUCGAGGGCUGAAGGCUGACAUCAUCAGCGAUUCAUCGUUAUGGUGGUCGGGUCCAACUUAUUUAUCAAAAAAUGAAGCUUUUUGGCCAAAAAUGCCCAACUUUAGCGUGAAACAGGAUCUACCCGAGUAG